ACACCACUCCAUCUGGCCAUCAUGCGAGGCAAGACACACAUGGCCGUCUUGCCGUUGAAGGCUGGCGCAGAUGUGACGGCCCGUGGAUACCGCAACAAAACUGCUUUGCACAUGGCCUGCUGCAGUGGCAAAAUUGAGACUGCCAAAAUGUCGAUUGAGAGCGGAGCAGACGUCAACGCGCGAGACGCAAACGGCGAAACCCCGCUUCAUAAUUACCAGGGACUGCUUAGACUGAAAAUGGUAUCUUUGCUCGUAGACCACGGUGCCAACGUGAGAGCACUCACCAAUAGAAAAGGCGAGCCUCUCGUCAAGGCCGCCUACUACGCCUCGACCGCUACAAUAAACUACCUUUUAGACCAUGGAGCCGAUAUCAACCAUCACGACUGGGAGGGGGAUGUUCCGCUUUUUGAAAGCAUUAGAACGAAACAACACGACGCUGUCCCUCUUCUC